AAAUAUUUAAUUCUCCUUUGUAAAAUGGUAGCCUCAACAAAAUGGCGGCCGAUUUGAAGGGAGAGAAUGCAGAUAAAACAGCAGAAGAAAGACAAGCAGUAACGGAGGAAUUCCUGGACGAAUCAGGAAAGGUAGAAGCCCGCUUGCCUUCCAGUAAUGCUAAGGCAGGUGUCAGGAAGGAUAAGUCCCAUCCAACUCUAGAAAGAACGUUGCAGCAUCUCCAGUUCCGUAACCCUGGGCCCAUGCUGCAGGAUUUCGACCCAGAGAAGAGUGAACGUGAGAAGCGUAAGCUAACACGUAUGGUGCAGCAACAGAAGCAGAAAGCAAAAUCUUCACAGAGAGACAAGCACAAGAAGAGGUCUGUAUAUGAUGAGGCGGGUGUCCUGAUCUCGGAUGGCAGGGACCUGUGUGACUGUUUGGAGCAGGACUGUCCAGGCUGUCACUAUCCCUGCCCAAAGUGUGGCUCCGAGAAGUGUGGAGCGGAGUGCAGGUGCAAUAGGAGGUGGCACUAUGAAUGGAUUGAGAGUGAAUGCAGAGAGACCAGAAGGACAUUCAAGCAAGUGUAGUGCUGAAGGUGUAUCACCUGCAAUGUCAACUACAUAAGAUACCUUUAAAUUAUUUUAUUUUGAAUAGGUCACUUUUGAAAUGCAUAGUGAAGAAAAGUAACUAAAGGUGUUGCAUAAAGGUAUGAAGAAAUGUAUGUGCAGAAAUGGUUAGUUUAUAAGCAACUUACUUUAAAGGAAGUGCAGUUCAUCUCCAAUGGAAGAAAAUCAAGUAAACAAGUGAUACAUGGUAACAUGCGGCCAUUAAGUUCUUUCUUUAUUCCCCAUUUUUGUAGAAACAAUAAUGGCAAAAUAUAAAUGUGUAGUAUUAGUAAAGAUUUUGUUUCCUAACACCACAGUACCGUAACAAAAUAUUGUGUGUACACAGUAUUUGUAUUUCUUCAACAAUACAAUCAGGAUGAUACUGCUAGCCAUUUUCUUUUUUAUCCUUACUACAUUGAUUUAACAAAACUUGA